UCAGGGUGGAGGAGGCCUGAGAGCCGAUUGACAAACACACGAAAUCAUGCAACGACGGUGUGCAGUGCAGGCAGCCCAUUCUCUGGCUCACCCGAGGAAAGCGACGGGCUUCUCGACGCUGCAGCCGCCAGCCGCAAAGGACGUGUACCUGCACACAACCAACAAGCCACACGCAGAGGCAUACAGCCACCGAGAGAAGCUUUCUCUGUUGUGUGGCGGUUGAUUUGAUGUGUGCGCGGUGUGCACUGACCUCAUUGAGUGUGGGAAGGGCAGAGUGUAUGUGGAUGCCUCGUCCAGCUCUCUCAGCUGGUCCUUAGUCAACUUGAAGUCCAACGCUGCACACAUAGCAGUAGGGGCGGGGAGGGGCGGUGUGGUGUGCAUGGUGUCUGUCUGUCUGCCUGUUUGUCUGUACGGCUGACUGACCUCCCAGGUUGUCCUCCAGCUGUUGGACGGUGCGUGCGCCGAUCAGGGGGGAUGUACAGGCACGGCAGGUCCAGUUGAUGGCCACCUGCACCCACACAGACAUGACCGACCGAUGCGGGUACCUCAAUGUGUGUGAUUGUCUACCUGUGCUGGCGUCUUGCCGAUUUCCUUGGCGACCUUCUCGACCGUAGACAGGAUCUUCCAGUUCUGCUCCUCCUUCACCUGCACACACAGGCGCGCAAAAGAGACCAGAGACAGUCAUGAACACAGAGGCCUCCACGCCUCCUGUCUCGUCCGUACGUGUCUGUUGAUGCGUCCAGUCCUGGCUGUGGGCUGGAUGCUGUCCUGCUUGUGCUUGCCUAAAGAAGACACACACACACACACACCUCCACCACAUUCCAUCCAGCCCACAUUUCAUUUCCCCCCAUCACCAGUGAGGAAUCCCUCAGCGAUCACGCCCCAGGGCACGAUGCCCAGGCCGCAUUCAACUGCCAUCGGCAGCAGGUCGUUCUCCAAAGUCCGCUCCAGCAUGUUGUACCUCGUCUGCAGGGCGAUGAACGGGGUCCAGUCUGCACACACACAUGUGUUCACAGGGGCGCAUGCAGAUGCCAUGUCUGACCUUUGAAGUGCGCCAUGGUGUUUGCCUUCGAGAUGACCCAUGCGGGUGUGUCGGACACGCCGCAGUACAGCACCUUGCCGCACCUGACGCAGUCGUCGAGGGCGCGCAUCACCUCCUCCACAGGCGUCCGGUACUCCCACGCUGUCAAUCCAAUGCACAGCAAACAAUACACAUGGCAAACCAACACACGAUUCCCAUGUGCAGCGCGUCACCAUGGAUGUACAACAAAUCGAUGUAUCCAAUCUGACACACACACACACACAUCCCAAUCACAUGAAGCCACUCCCGCACUGCACUGCUUGUAUGGUGGCGUGUGCAUGCCUGCAUGCGCUUGAGCGAUGCGUCCAGGUUCUCGACCAGACUUUUGCGGCUGUUUCCAGAGAGGCACUCGCGGCGCUUGUCGGCCCUGUUUUGGGGCAUUAUGUGGCCCAGGUUGAGGGUGUACUUGGUCGCCUGCACCAUCCAUCGCACCAUCGCACGGUGGGCCGCCCUCCUGUCUGUUGUAUAUGUGUGUACCAGGACGAGGUUGCUGCGCCUCUCGCCGAUCAUGUCGCCCAGGAAUUUCUCAGAACGGCCGCCGGCGUAUAUGUUUGCCGUGUCGAUGAAGUUGCCUGACCAACGAGAAAGCACGGGGAAGAGCCCACAGCAGCCGUGUCCAUGUCACAGGCGCACAUAGAGCGUGGGUGCGGUGACUGUCUGACUCACCGCCCUUGCUGUAAUAGAGGUCGAAGAUCUUCUUGCUCGUCUCAAAGUCACACCCCAAUGCACUGCCUUCCGCAUUUGGGUUCUCGGCGCCAAAAGUCUACAGUGUCACACACGGCACAAACGCCAUCCAUGAGUGGCUGAUCUCUCUUUUCUGCACCAU